CAAUCCUCGUAUACUAGUAGCAACUUGAUAUGCGCUUUGUCCCAGUUUGCAACAUUCGCAAAGAUGCAGAUAUCCAAACGGCGGCGUUGCAUUCGCCACUCGUCAACUAGGUACCUAGGUAGGUAUGAUACGGCCAUGAUCAUGCUUCAACUGGCACCGCAUUGCCAUUCUCAUCCACCAAGUGCUUUUCAAUCUUCUCGGGCCCGCCUCCAACCCCAGUACAGAUGACACGGCUGAUGCCGGCUUUCAAAGUCAUCAGGGCCUUGGAGUCCAGGCUACCAUACUCGUUUGGACGAAUGACUUCUCCAAAUUCUCCUUCCCAACCUGGGAUUCUAGGCAGAAUGCUCUUAAACACUCCUGCAACUUGGUGGGUAUGCUCCUCCAAGUAGUAAAUGACGGCAUUUGGACCGGCGUCAAAGGUAUACGCCGCAAUCAGCUUGCCUGCCUUGCGGUUGGCAGUUUCGACGGCACUCAUGGCUGCCCGAGAGACAUCGUUCAGGUAAUGGAUCGGUGGCCAUGAGUCGAGACAGAUGGCAUGGAAUGAGUUCGAGUCUUGCAUGGUGAUGCGCGCGAAGGUCUCGAAGUCUCGGUCGUGGAUGGCCUUCUCAAUUUCGGCCAUUCUUUUCGGGACGACCUCGUUGAACCGGGUGGGUGCCAGAGUCGACGUCUCGACUGUGGUCUGCAUGCCGGCGGUCGAUGGCACCCCCUUUUUCUCCGCGCUGACCACCAACACUAAUGCUCUCAUCUCAGGCCAAUGCGACACAGGUGCCACUUCCUCGGCGAUGCUGUCGCUCCCAUCGGCCUUUGUUCCUGCUCGCCAGGCCACAUAGCCGCCCAUCAGACUCCUGCAUGCGGACCCGGAUCCUUGUCUCGCAAUCAAAGAAAGCUCUUGCGGCGUCUGUGGCAACUCGUAGAGGUCGGCGAUCGCUCUGACCAGCGCCGCGAACCCUGCAGCUGAGGAAGCAAGACCGGCAGCUGUAGGGAAGUUGUUGGACGAAACAAUACGCAGCGUUAACUUGGACAGCUUUGGUAGGGACUCGUCCUUGGCCUCCAAUUGCUCGCGCAGUGAUCGGAGAUGCUUCAAACAUGCUUGUGUCCGUUUUGACGACUGGAUGUCUUCUUUUUCGCCGUUGAGAAUGAGGGUAUCAGGGCCACUGAACGAUUCCGAGCAUGAUGCCGUGGUGUGUGUUCGUAGCGAUUUCUGAGACAAGGUGACGGAUAACGACGAGUUGGUGGGUAGAUUGAGAGUGGUAUCUCUUUUGCCCCAGUAUCUGUGAUACUGUCAGUAUCCUCGCUACAAUUUGGUUUAUUUCGUUGCAAUAGAUCAUUCUGGCCGAGAGGUCUCAUGGCAUUGGAUCAAUGGCGGCGUACCUACUUGAUCACUGCAAUAUUGACUGGAGCGGUCGUGCUUGCACGGUACACUUGUGACGAAGAGCCAGACAUGAUGACUGACGACGAAGAAGACGGACUUUUGUGCACGAGAAGGAGAAGAUGGCUUCUGAGCCGAUUGUGCAACGGAAGUCAGUCGCUUUAUGUCGUAUACUCUGCGUGGAGAAAAUGCGGGCAAAAGGAUUAUCACCGAACACUGGCAAUAAUGAUCGCAGACUGGCAGGGCAAAAGGGUCGGACAACUUUGGACGGUGUUGGUCAGACUCGGCGACUUGAAUCUCCGUCAUGCUGUGCAGCGAAUCAUUUACACCCUCAUUUUAUUACUUGCCCAUUCGUCAUUCCGACAUUUUUCCUGUCGACGCAUAUUCAAUUCACCACGACACAAGACGUUCGCCUGUUUGUACAACCAACACCAUCACCACUGCUACAUAGACAUUACCUGUUAGCAAACGUCGCAACCAUGGGCUGGUGGAAGGCCGAUCCGAUACCUGACACUCCUUCUCCCGCAUCUACCACGCAGAACGCAUACCCAUCCUCAUCUCCGUCGCAGCCGCCGCACCCAAUCCCAUCUUCAACCACCGAGUCCUCCUCAGCGUGUCCAGUCGACCCCAAGACACGAUCGCUUUGGCUUCAGCAAGCGCAAGCCGCAAAACCACAGUCGUCAAGUCAGCAACAAGGCGCAAGCACACCUCUACGAUCUUUACCAGCAUCACAUCCGACGAUACCGUCCGCAAAACUCUCACCACCACCCCCACCAGAACCAACACCAACACCGACAUCCUACGGCUCCUCCCAAGAAUGUUCAUCUGACCGGAUAUCCCAAUCUCCCUCCUCCGACGACUCUACAACACCAACAAUCAAACCUCCCCGCCCUCUCUCACAAGAACGUACCGUGUCAUCCAUUCCACGAGCCAUGCCAGCACCCACAACCUCUUCUUCCUCCUCCUCAAACCCCAAUAUACCAGCCAACAGCGAAUCCGAAACCGGCACAUCCAGCACCGGCAACUGGAUCUACCCAAGCGAGCAACAAUUUUUCCAAGCCGUGAUGCGCAAACAAACGGCCUCGAACCCCUCGGACCUAUUAUCGUCCAUCAGCCACAUCAUUCCGAUCCACAACGCCGUCAACGAGCGCGCCUGGGCUCUCAUCAAGACAUGGGAAGGCGACUCGUCCGCUUCGUGCGGCGGGCCCAAACUUAGGUCGUUUCAGGGUUUAGGGAGCGGCGCAAAAUCGCCCAAGGCUCGCGUCAAGAGUCUUCUGGGCUACACGGCCCCCUUUGAUCGGCACGAUUGGACCGUCGAGCGCUGUGAUGGGAGUACGGUUGAAUAUGUCAUUGAUUUCUACCAGGGGAAAUCCGAUCCGAACGUACAACAGAAGGGUGGGUUGAACUUUUAUCUCGAUGUGCGGCCGAAAUUGAAUACUUUAGAAGGGUGGAAGAUGAGGGCUGAACGCUCGCUUGGAUGGAGGUGAGGUGUUGCUACUGGUAGUAGUAUCUUGAUAUCCUGAUAUCCCCUCUCCUCCAGGCGCCCCUUCAGGCUCCCGCUCUCUUGCAUGGGAGCACAAAUAUAAUUUGAUAUACUACAGUAACACCACCGUGUGGUAACUGAAUUGUAAAUUAUACCUAUACCUGGACACUAUCCCAGAUACCUUGGCGAGGUAGCGAGGGGAUGAUGUUCCAUAUACAUACCUAUACACACCUAGGUACUCUGCAACAUCACAGGGCCAAGCAUGAUGAGCCUUGCAGUGAUCCUACUUAAGGACGAAACGAAUGGGUCGGGCCUGACAUGCCAUCCUAGUACCAUGCUACACUACCUAUGUGUUUGCUGUAAUAUAUCACGAUCACUAUUAAAAGGCAAAGGAAAAGACUCCAGUAUUAGUAUCAGGUGCAAUGAAACUUCUGAUGGGAAAGUUCAC